AUGAUUGGAUGGUUUUUCUCUCGAUCCUGUCAAUCGGUGGCAAAAGCUAGACUAACUAUUGGAGGGGCAAAGUUAGAAAAGUCAGGAGGCUUUAAGAAUAUCAUGGCAUACGUUUCCUUUCAAGUUGCAGAUGCAUUAGAGCAGCCAUUUUCAGAUGGGCAGUUUGAUCUGGUUUUGUCAGUGGAGUGUGGAGAGUAUAUUCCUGACAAAAGAAAGUUUGCUGCUGAGUUGGCUAGAGUUGCAGCCCCAGGGGGCACAAUUGUCAUACUAUCAUUUUGUCACAGGGAUCUUGGCCCUUCUGAAGAAUCUCUGCAGCCAUGGGAGCUGAAGCGUCUUAAAAAGAUAUAUGAUGCUUUCCAAAUUCAGGGAUAUUGUUCUGCUGCUGAUUAUGUCAACUUUUUCGAGUCCCUCUCUCUUCAAGAUAUUAAGACAGCAGAUUGGUCUCAAUAUGUUGCCCCAUUUUUUCCUUUAUUCAUUCGCUCGGCAUUGACAUGGAAGGGCCUGUCAUCUCUGCUGCCAUCUCUGCUGCGCGGUGGUAUGAAAACCCUCGGAGUAGCAUUGGUGGCGCCAUUGGUACAUGACGCCGCUAAGAAGGGUCUAUCUAAGUAUGCCAUCACUACAUGCAGAAAGCCCGAGUAA